GGAAGCAUCAACUCGAGCAGAGCGCAUUAAAAAGUGUCUUUUCUUAUUUAAAAAAAUUUAUUCUCUUUCUUAAGCCGACAUUUGACACAAAAUAAAGGAAACAAAAAAUUAAGAAAAAAGUGCUGCCACUCGAAAAGAAACUAUUGAAAAAUCAUUAAAGACGAAGAUACCGACAGAAGUGCAAAUAAAAGGAGCUCUCAAGUGUGAAAAAUCAUCAUGAAUGCCAAGAUCGAUUUUAUUGAGGAUAUUCAUAUGCGUUACAGUAGCUUGGAGAUCGAUUUAGAUAAAAAAUUAAAGUCAAUUGAAGAAGCAGAAACGAAUUUAGACGAGCAGUUCGACACAUCAGAUGCCAAUACUGAAACUAAUGAAUUAGACUCAUAUCCACAGACACUAAACGAGGCGAGGAAACGAAAUAAGAAAAUUAUUGAAGAUUUGGAGAAAGCAAAGGCACGGUUGCGGAUGAGAGUUAUGUUUUCACCAUUGGAUGAGAUACACGAAAAGGCAGAAAAUAAUUAUUUUGCGGCAAUUCAAACUCCUUUAAAGAAGAAAUAUGGACCAAUUUUUGUGUGAGACAUUUUGCAGCUGAGACAAUAAAUUUACAAUUAGUUCUGCUCCCUUUUUCUAAUAAGUGUGACACUUUUC